GUGGCCAAAGUGGCAGAGGGCAGAGCACACACGACACAGAGGAGUUGUUCUUUGGAUCUUGAGCUAAAGUGGACAGCAACUUAUUUGUGGAAUAUGAAAAAUAAUAAAAGAUGAAGAUUGAAUUUGCAUUUAGAUGGUGGGUAAUAUCUGGAGUGCAUCCUGGAAACUGGCGACGCACAGGACGAGGAUAAAGCACGCAGCAAGUGAAAAUGGAGAAGUAUGAAAAGCUUGCCAAAAUCGGUGAGGGUUCCUAUGGUGUGGUGUUCAAGUGCAGACACAGAGACACCGGUCAGAUUGUUGCCAUCAAGAAGUUUGUGGAAUCUGAAGACGAUCCAGUCAUUAAGAAGAUUGCAUUGAGAGAAAUACGCAUGUUAAAGCAGUUAAAACAUGUGAAUCUUGUGAAUCUACUGGAGGUGUUUCGGAGGAAAAGACGGCUGCAUUUGGUCUUUGAGUUUUGUGAACAGACCGUCCUCAAUGAGCUGGACAAACACCCCAGAGGUGUCCCCGAGGCCCAGCUCAAAAGUAUAGUGUGGCAGACUCUCCAAGCUGUCAACUUCUGCCACAAGCACAAUUGCAUCCAUCGCGACGUCAAACCAGAAAACAUCCUUCUGACCAAAACUGGCGUGAUCAAACUGUGUGACUUUGGCUUUGCUCGGAUCCUGACUGGGCCAGAGGAUGACUACACUGACUAUGUAGCGACGCGCUGGUAUCGGGCCCCUGAGCUGCUGGUGGGGGACACUCAGUAUGGGGCUGCUGUGGAUGUUUGGGCUCUGGGCUGUGUAUUUGCUGAACUGCUCAAUGGGAAUCCUCUCUGGCCAGGGAAGUCUGAUGUCGACCAGCUUUACCUGAUUCAGAAGACUCUAGGUGACCUGAUCCCCCGACAUCAGCAGGUGUUUCGGUCCAAUGUUUUCUUCAAUGGAGUCAGCAUUCCUGAACCAGACACUACGGAGCCCCUUGAAAAACGCUUCUGUGGUGUUUCUGCUAGUGCCCUCCAAGUUAUGAAGUCGUGUCUGGUGAUGGACCCCUCUCUGCGUCGGUCGUGUGAGGAGAUCUUGGAGCUGCCGUACUUUCAGGAGGAGGCAGCAAACUGGGCCAGAGACACAGAUCGUCCUGGAAGACGCCACGACAAGGGCUCUAGGCGCAGACAGGCAGGGGCCCAGUACCUGCCACAGUUACCACACAGCAAUCUGUCUCCAGCACCUGAUGUAAAGAAACAGGUGAAACAUAAAUAUCAUCUCCCAAACAUCUAGAUUUAAAAGACUAAAAGAAUUUUGUUUUGUGUAUGAAUGUUAUUUAAGUUGUCAUUACAAAACCAAUAACUGUCCUAACAUACAAUAUCAACCAAUUUUCCUAUUGGCACCAGGCACAUUUCUGUAAAGUGAUGAAGAUGUUUAAAUGCCACAGAUGUGCCAUCCCCUAUUGGCAUGCUUUAUGUGCACUAAGAGCAAAUACUUUGACUGAUUAAAAUGUGUUUACUGUAUUUAGGGAAAUACGUAAUUUGUGUUUAUAGAAAAUACUUUUUAUUCUGUACUACUGUAUACUUGGGAUCUCAAAUAAAUGUAAUGUGAAACAAUAACUGUAAUGCACGGAUAUCUACCAGUAUGAUGUUUUUGUUUACCAUUUAAAACGUCUUCUACAUCCACUGAUGACUAAACUUUGCACUUUGU